ACAGGGGAGACCACAAAAUGAUUACGUAAUGGUUUCCAAAAUGUGUACCCUACUGUUUGCCCAGCUUCUGCUGAGCCUUUUACCCCUAAUUUCGGCUAGAAAUCAGUUUUUUGUGGGUAGCAUCUUUACAUCGGACAAGGAUGAAUCGGAAAUUGCAUUUCGAACCGCAGUCCAUCGAGCCAAUAUAUUGGAGCGGGACAUAGAACUGGUUCCCAUCGUCAUGUACGCCAAUACAGAUGAUAGCUUCCGUAUGGAAAAAAUUGUUUGCAAUUUAAUUUCCCAAGGUGCAAUAGCCAUUUUUGGACCCAGUACAGGCAGUAGUUCAGAUAUAAUAGCUUCCAUCUGCGAUACAUUGGACAUACCUCACAUUGUAUACGAUUGGAUACCGAACGAAUCUAUACCGGAUAGAGAACACUCCACCAUGACACUAAAUGUUCAUCCCGAUAACCUCUUGUUAUCCCGAGGAUUUGCUGAAAUCGUCCAAAGUUUCGGUUGGCGAAGCUUUACCGUUGCCUACGAGUCCGAUAAAGAGCUUCAACAACUCCAGGAUAUUCUACAAAUCGGAGAACCUACCAGCUACCCCACCACGGUAAAACAGCUUGCAACGGAUGGAGAUCACAGACCCUUCCUAAAGGAAAUCAAACUAUCCACCGACAACUGUCUGAUCCUGCACUGUUCUCCAGAGAAUUUAUUGGGAAUUUUACAGCAAGCCAAUGAACUGAAAAUGUUGGGAGAAUAUCAGAGCGUCUUCAUACCCGUACUGGAUACCCACACGAUAGACUUUGGUGAACUUUCUGGAGUUGAAGCCAACAUAACCACAAUCCGCCUAAUGGAUCCAACAGACUUUCACAUAAAAAACGUUGUCCACGAUUGGGAGGAGCGGGAGAAGCAGGACGGUCGUUACUAUAGCGUUGAGCCCCAUCGGGUAAAAACCCAAAUGAUACUCCUGAAUGAUGCCGUUUGGCUCUUCUCGAAGGGUCUAACCCAGUUGGGAAUUCUGGAGGAACUUGCAGCUCCCGAACUGGAGUGUAGGCGGAAGAAACCAUGGUCCUUUGGCAGGCGAAUUAUUGAGUUUAUGAAAGCACGUUCUGAAGAAACAGCUACUGGAAGGAUUGACUUUAACGAGUACGGACAAAGAAGCUUCUUCACUCUACGUUUCAUGGAAUUGAGUUCCGGCGGCUUUACGGAUCUGGCCACCUGGGAUCCAGUAAAUGGCUUAGAUGUACUUAACGACGACGAGGAAAGCGAAAAGAGAGUGGGUUUGAAAUUGUCCAACAAAACGUUUAUUGUAUCCUCCCGACUUGGAGCUCCAUUUCUAACACUCCGGGAACCGAACGAGGGAGAAAUUCUUCAGGGAAAUGCGCGAUAUGAGGGUUACUCUAUAGACCUCAUAGAUGCAAUCGCCAGAAUGUUAAAUUUUAAAUACGAAUUCCGUAUGUCUCCCGAUGGUAAAUAUGGGGCUUUAAACAAAGUAACCCAAACCUGGGAUGGAAUUGUGAAACAACUCAUCGAUGGUAACGCUGAUCUUGGAAUUUGUGACCUUACAAUGACAUCUUCUAGACGUCAGGCUGUGGACUUUACGCCUCCAUUUAUGACCUUGGGAAUCAGUAUUCUCUUCUCCAAGCCACCCACCCCACCCACAGACCUAUUCUCCUUCCUGUCGCCCUUUUCGCUAGAUGUUUGGAUCUACAUGGGAUCAGCGUAUCUGUUCAUAUCUCUGCUCCUGUUUGCCCUUGCUCGAAUGGCACCAGACGAUUGGGAGAACCCGCAUCCUUGCAAGGAACCCGAAGAAGUCGAGAAUAUUUGGUCUAUAAUGAACACCACUUGGCUUUCAAUUGGCUCACUGAUGGGUCAAGGAUGUGACAUCCUGCCCAAGGCUGCUUCCACCAGACUGGUGACUGGAAUGUGGUGGUUCUUUGCUUUGAUGAUGUUGAACUCCUAUACCGCAAACUUGGCCGCUUUUCUGACCAAUUCCCGCCAGGGGAAUACCAUCAGCAGUGCCGAAGAUUUGGCUGCUCAAAAUAAAAUAAAGUAUGGAGUCAUGUCCGGUGGCUCCACCCAAGGCUUUUUCCGGGACUCCAACUUCAGUACGUAUCAGAAAAUGUGGACAGCCAUGGAGAGUGCCAGUCCAUCGGUGUUUACAAAGACAAACGAUGAGGGAGUCGAGAGGGUCCAGAAGGGCAAGAACCUCUAUGCUUUUUUUAUGGAGUCCACCACCUUGGAGUACAAUGUGGAGCGGAAGUGUGAUCUGGUGCAGAUCGGAGGCUGGCUGGAUUAUAAAAGCUAUGGUAUUGCCAUGCCCUUUAAUUCUCCAUAUCGGAAGCAGAUUAGUGGAGCUGUUCUAAAACUGGGAGAACUUGGCCAACUUGCCGAGCUAAAGCGCAAGUGGUGGAAGGAAAUGCACGGCGGUGGCAGCUGUGAGAAAAGCGACGAGGAAGGUGGAGACACACCUGAGCUGGGACUGGAGAAUGUGGGCGGUGUUUUCCUUGUACUGGGACUUGGGUUAUUUGCAGCCAUGGUUCUGGGAUGUACGGAAUUUCUCUGGAACGUCAAGUCGGUGGCCAUCGAAGAGAAGAUAUCUCUUAAAGAUGCCUUUAAAGCCGAAGCACUUUUUGCGGCAAAAAUAUGGAUUGUCACAAAACCAGUGCACACCAGCACUGGCGAUUCGUCCUCAUCGAACUCGUCGAGCUCAUCAUCCAAGUCCGGAAAGGCCCCUUCCAGCAGAUCGAAGCACUCUUCAAAGUCACCAGGCAUUUCAAUGAAAAGUAUUAAGAGCUCUGACCAUCACGAUGUGGAGGCCUCAGUUCACAACAAACUGAAGAAAAUUGGUUCCAUGUUCUCACUAAAAUCACAAAAGACGACCACACCACCUCCAGAAAUUGGAUGGAAAUUGGACAAGUCAACGCAGAUGGAUGAAAUUCCGGCUGAAGAGGAACCCGAGUUGCAACCUGAACCAGAGCAGCCACCACAUAGACACCAUCACCACCACCAUCAUCGUCAUCAUCAUCAUCAUCACCACAGAGAGGAGCAACCGGAUCCAGAUCAGAUACAGACCUAUCGGGCCAGCAAAAUCAGCAACGGAGUUUAAAAGGACAUUUUCUUUUUUAUGGAAUGCCGCCUAAUUGUUAUGUUUCACUAAAUAUUAUCUUGCGGCAUUGACAUUUAUUUUAAAUAAAUAAGUACAAUGUAUAUUGUACCUAUUUACACAUAUUA